AUGACCGAGCAGGAGAUUGGACCCAACUGUGUGCCUGGCAUUACUGACCCAGGUAAUGUCCGUGUCAUCCAGCCCAGGAACUCUGUGGCUUCUGGAAGCCUUGGGAGGCAACCUUUGGGGAUGACCACUUAUUCAACUUCAUCAAGAGUGACAAAGGGUGAUACAGGAAGAGUGAAUUUACAGAACCCACUCAUCCAGAAUCCACUUCUGAUCCCCCACACUACGGAUCUCCAGACUAUGCUUGAGGACCCUCAGAAUCCUCCAAAACUUAUCCCUGGGCCAAUGCAUACCUCAAACCAGUCACAGUGGAACAUGUCAUUUGGAUCAUCUCCUACAUUUGAUCCCAAGAAAUUCAUACACGAGGAGGUCAGAACGCUAGCCCGGACAGGUUCCAUGGUGGUUGAAGAUUUUCAAGAGAGAACGGAAGCAGGCAAGGUCUCCUGGGGCCUCAGCUGGCUAACUGCAGUUGCUGCCCUCUCCUGGGUGGAUAAAGGGAAAGAGGAGAUGGAGGAGAUCCACACCUAA